UCCGGCUUCUUCUGGCGGACAUAUUGACCUCGUCCAUCUCUUCCAGUCAGGGCUUCCCUAGCGCUAUGUCUGGCCAGAAGCGGCGGAACAGGUGUGGUCCCUGCUGUGCGGAGAUGGCUGGCGAUCUAAGACUGCAGGUUGCGCACCCUGAAAGAUGGUCUUGUAUUCCAUUUCGAAAGUACCCAUUUAAAAAGGAAAGGAAAACGGAUAUGAGCUUUGCAGACGUGGCCAUUGCCUUCUCCCAGGAGGAGUGGGGGCUCCUUGAUGAGGCUCAGAGACUUCUGUACUGCGAUGUGAUGCUAGAAAUCUUUGUCCUUCUAGCAUCUGUGGGUUGUUGGCAUAAAAAGGAAGAUGAGGAGGCCCCUUGUGAGCCGAGUGUAUAUGUACACGAAGAGUCACAGGGUGGGGUUUCUAAGACAUCUCCAGCAACUCAGAAAACCCUUCCUUGUCAGCAGUGUGUCUCAGUCUUGAGAGCCAUAUUGAACCUGACUGAGUUCCAGGCAGUGUACCUUGGGCAGAAAGCAUUCUUCAGUGACGCCAGUUUCAGUGCAAACCUUCACCAUCAACAGAGGCCUUCCAGUGGAGAGAAGCCUUGGGAAGGAUAUAUAAACAGGGCCCCUUUCACCGAUAGUGAGGUUACAGAAGAAUUUCCAGCCAUCUCAAGCUUUCUUCCGUACCAGGGCACUCCUAACGGUCAGGAGCAAUUCAGUGGGCAGGCCUUGCCUGGUGAAUGUGAAGAAACUUCUGGCCACACCAAGGAAUAUGUUCAACAACAUAGUGUCUGUUCUGGAAAAGAGCUUUACAAGGGUACCAAAUGUGGAAAGGCUUUCACACAAAUUUUUAACCUCAUUCCACAUAGGAGAGUUCACACUGGAGAAAAGUUGCUUGUUUGUGGUGAUUGUGGGAGGUCCUUCAGACAUAGAUCUAACCUUUGUCAACAUAGGAAAAUUCACAGUGAGGAAAAGCAGCAUGAGUGCACUGUCUGUGGGAAGCAUUUUCACUACAAAUUUACCCUUGUUCAACAUCAGAGAAUUCACACUGGUGAAAAGCCUUAUGAGUGUAAUGAAUGUGGGAAAUUUUUCAGAAAAAAGGGUAAGCUCACUGAUCACCUCAGAUGUCACACUGGUGAAAGGCCUUUUGAGUGUUGUGAAUGUGGGAAAUCUUUUCGUUGUAAACAUCACCUCCAGAGACAUGGGAGAAUUCAUGCGAGAGAGAUGCCUUAUGAGUAUAGUGAAUUUGGGAAAUCUUUUAAUCAUCGGAGGUGUUCUAUUAAACGUCGUCGAGUUCAUGCUCUAGAAAAACCGUAUGAGUGUGGUGAAUGUGGGAAAUAUUUUCGUCGCAAAUACCAAUUUUUUAAACAUAAGACAGUUCACACUGGGGAAAAGCCCUUUGAGUGUAUUGAUUGUGGGAAGUCCUUCAGGCUAACCUCUGGCCUCCUUCAACACCAGAGAAUUCACACUGGAGAAAAGCCCUUUGAAUGUAGUAUUUGUGGGAAGGCCUUUAAACAAAAAUCUGCCCUCAUUCAACACCAGAGAAUUCACACUGGAGAAAAGCCCUUUGUGUGCAAUGAGUGUGGGAAGUCCUUCAAUCAGAAAUCUGCCCUCAUUCAACACCAAAGAAUUCACACUGGAGAAAAGCCUUUUGAGUGUCAUGAUUGUGGGAAAUGUUUCAGACAAAGCAGUAAGCUCAUUGAUCACCGCAGAGGUCACACUGGGGAAAGGCCUUAUGAGUGUAGUGAGUGUGGGAGGUGUUUUAGACAAAGCUCUAGCCUUUCCCUACACCAGAAAGUUCAUAGUAGAGAAAAUCCAAACAAGUGAAGCAAAUGUGGGAAUAAAUUUGGACAAUUUUUAAAAAAUUCAUUUUAGGAGGAAAAAGAGAGAGAGAACAGGUCUUUACACAGUAUACCCUUGGUCUGUCACAGAUUCCAAGUUUUCUCCUAGUUGUUAUAAAACUAAAACUUAAAAAAAACAAAACAAAAAACCCCCAUCAAAAUUAGAAGUCCUGAGCUGUUUUUACAAUGUAUUUGCUUAUCAAAUCACAAUGUACAUUAUAAAUAUUAUACAGGUUUGUUCAUUUUACCUUAGUAAAGAUGAAGAAAGAUUGAAGUCACACCUACACAGUCAUAAUAUGAGAUAAUGUUGAGAAAUAAAUCUGGGAGAAAAAAGAUCACAGAACAAAAGUAAACAAUAUACUACUUGAUUUACAUUGCCUUGGAGAUAAUGCACUUUGUAUUUGGAGAAGCAAAGAUUAGUUGUCGGGAGUUGUGGGGUGAUCAAUAAGUGUAUUACCAGAGGUCACAUUGGUGCCAGGGGCCAUAUAUUUUGGCACAUUAAUGUUUAUACUUCCUACUCUGGUAACUAAUUAGACAUUUCUUAAUAUCAUAUUGAAGGAUAGCCAUUUAUUUUUUAAUACUACUUUUUAGAACCAAACUGGAAUUAACAAGGUGAUGGUAGGGGCUGAGUGUAGUAUGUGUGUACCUUGUACUGUUUUGCCAUGUCUGCAAAUAAUAGGGUAUAGCCUGGUAUGAGAAGUGAAAACACCACACCUGUGGAGCUUCAAUAAAGAUAGCUGAUUUGUCCCUGUAAGUGAGUGGACUACAUGGCCAUUAGGGCUAAUGAGCAUACAUUUUGCGAAGGGAGCUCAAGGCUUUCUGAACUUUUUGCUAUUUUAAGAAAGCCAUUGGACCCUGGCUGGUGUGGCUCCUUGGAUUGAGCACUGGCCUGCAAACCAAAAGGUCACCACUUUGACUCUCAGUGAGGAUACAAUCCUGGGCUGUCAACCUGGUCACCAGUUGGGUGCAUGUGAGAGGAAACCAAUCUGUUUCUCUCCUCUCUAAAAAUUGUUUUUAAAAAAUGCCAUUGGUUUUUUCAUCUACAAAAGAUUGGGUGGUAGUGUAUAUUUUUAGUCAGAGGUAACACUUUACAAAGUUAUUUUAUACCUUAUUAAGUUGGAUGACAUUGAGAUCAUUCAGGGUUGGAAACAAAGUCACUUUUUUAGCUUUCCCUGGUGGGGCUCAUUUCAUUGGGUGUCCUGUAAAGCCAAAAUCUACCAAUUGGAUUCUCAUUCAGGGCAUAUGACUGGGUUGUGGAUUCUGUCCCAGAUCAGGGCCGGUAUGAAAGGCAACCAAUCAAUGUUUCUUUCUCCUUUCCACUCUGUAAAAGUAAGUUAAAUCGUUUGAAAAUAAAUUUACCUGCCUCAUGUGGCCUAGUGGGUUGAGUGCUGACCUGUGAACCAGAAGGUUGCCAAUUGAAUUCCCAACCUGGGCACAUGCCUGGGUUUUUGGCCAGGUCUGCAGUAGUGGGUGGGUGAGAGGCAACUACACAUUGCUGUUUCUAUCCCUUUCUCCCUCCCACCCCCCUCAAAAUUAAAAAAAAAAAAAAAAAAAAGCAUACUCUAAAAUCUAACCAUUUACACAAUGAGAACUCUCCAAUGUCAAAAGGGUGUAGAUGCCCUGGCUGGUGUGGCUGGAUUGAGUGCCAGCCCAUGUGUAUUGAGCACAGGCCUAUGAAUAAAAGGAUCACCAGUUCAAUUCCUGACCAGGGCAUGUACCUGGGUUAUGGGCCGAGUCCCCAGUUGGCACGUCCCAGUUGGCACGUGAGAGUCAACCGAUGUUUCUCUGCCUCUUCCUUCCCCUCUCUGAAAGUAAAUAAAAUCUUAAAAAAAAAAAAAAAAGAUUGUAGACAUUCAGCUAAAGAUUUCCCAUGUUCACACCACACUUGAAGCCUCCAGAAAGUUUAUCUCCUAUGGAAACUGGUGAUAUAAAGGAAAAAGGAUGGAAAAAGAAUUUUGCAUACUGCCUGUACUUAUAAGGCCUUUAGCUAGAGUGAAAUCUCUGAAUAUAAUGGAGCUUAGUGCUAUAAAAAACACUUUUGAUAUUGCAUGUAUGUAUAAAACCUACCACCUGUGACUUCAGAGAAGAUAAAUGUCUAGAAGUAAAACACUUCCCUAAUUUUCUUGUAAGAACUGAGUGAUUGUGAAUACUCUUAUGACAACAGAGGCCAUGACUACUGGUAAAAUAUUCCCCAUACAACACUCAGAAAGCAUUGCAGUGUAAACUCCUCAUGAUAACAGGAGUUACUGAUGG